AUUGUCAUUUAGCAAGAAAACAUUUUGACUUGCCACAGGAAAAGGACAAGUGUAUAUCAUAAAGUUAGAUGGUACUGUGUGCAGUGAGUCGGCAACUCCUAAGGAGCAGCAGCCACUGUGCAGCCUGGGCCAGGCUGCUGCAGAGACAGAGCAGGGGUUGUGUGUACUCCAGCGUCCAUGGCUUCAACCAGGAGGAGAUCACAGAGAAGCUGCAGGCCUUUCCUGGUGGCUCCAUUGACCUUCUCAAACAGGAGUCUGGCAUCGCUGUGCUGACCAUCAACUACCCCUCCCGCAUGAAUGCCUUCUCCGGCAGUAUGAUGGUGGAGCUGGAGGAGAGGGUGAGCCAGCUGGAGAGCUGGAUGGACGGUAAAGGCCUCAUUGUUCGGGGUGCUGAUGGGACUUUCUGCUCUGGAUCGGACCUCAAUGCUGUCCGGGCGAUAUCUAACCCACAGGACGGGAUGAAGAUGUGUAUGUUCAUGCAGAAUGCUCUUACAAGACUACUCAGGCUGCCUCUGAUCUCUGUUGCUCUGGUGGAGGGGAGAGCGCUGGGAGGAGGUGCAGAACUCACCACUGCCUGUGAUUUCAGAUUAAUGGCACCUGGCAGUGUGAUUCAGUUUGUCCAUAAACACAUGGGCCUGGUCCCUGGCUGGGGCGGGGCCGCUCGACUGAGCCGCAUCGUCGGAAGCCAGAACGCCCUGAGGCUGCUUGGUGGAGCUCUAAAAGUGGAUCCCGAACUUGGCCUGGAGAUCGGACUGGCAGAUGGAGUACUGGAGGUCCCAAAGGCAGAGGAGGGUGCAGGGAUUCUCCUACAGCAGGCUGAAAACUGGCUCAGUCACUAUACAAAAGGAGCUGCCCCAGUGAUCCAGGCUGUGAAGAAGGUAGUGUUGUCAGGGAGAGAGCUCCCUCUGACGGAGGCUCUGAGGACUGAGAAGGAUGUCUUUGGGACGGUGUGGGGCGGGGAGGCUAACCUGCAGGCUCUGGCCAGCAAGUCCAAACACAGAUGAACUCCUAAGAGCUUCUCAGAUCAGCUAAGAAGCCCAGUCCAGGUCAAGAUUGUGUGGAGAACUGCUACAGACUGAGUCUUCAUUGACAUUGAUUUACUUAAUUCUUUGAUGUGCUGAAGCCAGUAACAACACUUCUCAUGUAAUAAGCAGAAUGCUGUGUGUAGAAUGUGGACUCUGGGAAUGUAGAGAUAUGUGAUAAAAGGUUUUUUCUUUGUU